UGUUAUUGGCAGUUGUACUGUUAACAGCGAGCAAGAUUAAACCCAAAAGCGAGGUGCUUUUGUCACUUGAAGAAUUUCAAAAUCCGACCAUAUUACUACAGAAAACGAAAACUAACGUUGCUCUGUACGAAAUCAUUUCGAAGUAUAUCGAGGAAAGGGAAGGUAUGGUUAUUCCAUUCAGCGAGAAUAUUAAUGAAAAAUUGCUCGAGAUCGCAAAAUAUGACAAAAUACUGUUCGGCACAUCUCUUUUGGCCGCAUUUGAAUUUGAAACAAGCGUGACGACAAUUGUAUACAAUCAAUGGGAAUUGAAAUCAUUACCAUUAGCAAUCAACAUUUAUUCAAAUACGCUGUUGAAAUACCAAAUAAGAAACACAUCGUGGAAAAUAGAGAACGUAAAUAAACCUAUGCCGGAUUCAAAUGAGAGUUACUGUGGAAAAGUAUCCGAAGAAACGUAUAAAUUAGCAAUUACAACGUUGCUUUUUGUUUUCUUCGCUUUUUAUACGGUUGAUUUGAUACUAUAUUUUUUUGAAUUCGCUAGCAUGAAAUUAGCUAGAAAAUUAUUGCACGUGCAAACUGUAUCAGGUGUACCGUUCUGGCUUCAUUGGCUAUCUACGUUGGUAUUCGAUUUUUCAUUUUUUAUCAUCGUUGUGAUUAUUCGACUAAUGAUCGUGAUGUUCUUGAGUGAUGUGAGUUUGAAUUUCACUCCAUUAUCUGACUUUCACGGCGCAUUUAUGGUGAUGAUGGCAUUGUUCGGAAUUAGCGGAUUGUUGUGUACUUAUACGAUGAGUUUCCUAUUUAAAACGACGAAAAGCAUGUAUGCCUCGUUUCUAGUGCUCAACGCUUUGUGUAGGUAGUGAACAAAUAGAAUUACGGUUUACGUAUGUAUGAGGAUAGGUAUUUGUAUUAUGGUGGAAAUUUUUUUCUAAAUUUGUUUCAUUCGUUAAGGCAGCAUCAGCAUGUACAUAUUUAACCGAAUCGAAGAAUCUAUUCUCACUGAUUAUGCUCAAUUCGUAUCGUUCGGCUUAUUUUAUUAUCCGUUGAAGUACAUAAUUUUAUUCAUUCCGUUUCUGAAUUUCACUCUACUUUUCAACAAAUUUUUGGAAAUAUGGAAACAUAAUUCGGCAUGUGAUAGUUGCCAACCUUUUUUGAAAUCGUCCUGCGAAGGCAACUUGCAGAAAUUAUCUUUCUGGAGUUUUCCAUCAAGUGGGAAUCCUAAUGGACUAUCGUUAGGAUUGUUGUUUUUGUUCAUCGAUAUAAUUCUCUACGCCGUUUUACUAUCCUUGAUAAAUAUGGGAUAUAUUGAUCGCUGGUUCAACUCACUGACUUCGUUCUUACUUCGGCAUUCAGAUGAUGGCCAAGACGACGAAUACGAUGUAAAACAGGAGCGUUUCGAAAUAGAAAAUAUUAAAAAAGAUAAAUCAAAAUACAAUAAAACAUCGCUGAUAGCUGACGGAUUAAGCAAGAACUAUUUUACUUCGAUUAAACCCACCACAGCUAUUGAGAAUAUCAGUUUUAUUGCUCAACGUGGAACUUGUUUCGGUAUUUUAGGAGUGAACGGAGCUGGUAAAUCUACUAUUCUUAAAAUAUUAGCGGGGAAAAUCUGUCCGUCCAAGGGGAACGUUUCAAUUGAAGGCGUUGAGUUGAAUACUAGAAAAAGUGAAUAUUUUUCCAUGAUUGGAUAUUGUCCUCAAACUAGUCCUUUGUUUGAUGAAUUUACCGGUAAAGAAAUGUUGGAAAUAUUCGGAUUGUUGAGCGGAAUUAGAAAAAAAGAUAUCGAGACUAUAACGGAUAAAUGGAUAUCAGAUUUUGAGCUGGAAAAGAUUCAGGAUAAAAUUUGUAAAAUUCACAGUCACACUAAUAAACGCAAGCUCAGCAUAGCGAUUUCGUUGAUAGGAGAUCCCAAAGUGGUUAUUUUAGAUGAACCUACAUGUGGAAUAGAUUCCGAUGGGAAAAAUAAAUUUUAUGAAAUCAUGUCCAAACAUAGAGAAUCUGGUAAAACUAUAAUCUUCUGUUCAACGAGUAUGGACGAAUGCCAAAAAUUAUGUGAUCGAAUUACUAUUAUAAUAAAUGGCGAGAUGCACUGUAUUGGGACCGUGGCACAUUUAAAAAAGAAAUUUGCAGUUGGAUUUUCCGUCUCGAUUAGAAUUCGUCGUAGUGGCAGUUCUUCAAAAGACGUUGUUCUUCUGGAACAAAAUAUUCUGAAUGUUUUCGGUCAUAGGUACUGCUUUCUUAAGGAAGAACAUCGAGAUUUAUUGUAUUAUCACAUAAAAGAUCCCUCUUUAAGUUGGUCAACGGUAUUCGAAAGAAUGGAAAACAUCAAGCGUAAUAAUGCGAUAGUGGAAGACUACAUUCUAAGAAAUAUCAGCUUGAAAGAAAUUUUUACAGCCUUCACACAACCAGAACAAACUUCCAGUAAAAGUACAUAUCGUGAAUCGAUUUGAAAACACCUACUUCAUCUCGGAUACAUUUUAUCCGAUCGCAUGUUCCUAUAUAAAAUUAUGUAAUCAGGAAAAAGCUCUUCAUCAGUUACAGAGUGUUUUUUAUUUUUUCUUAAUUUUACCGAAGUAAAAGUUAUU